AGCAAUGGGCAAGUUCCUGUUCCGAUAUUCAGAUUGUCUUCAGAAAAAAGUCGGUGUUGUUCAACUGGGUAGCAUCAGAAGUGAAAUUCCCCGAUGGGUAUGUUUCAAAUCUGUCUAGAUGCGUUGAAAAGGGUCAAAAGUUCUCCGGGAUGAAGAGUCAUGACUGUCAUGUCUUUAUGCAACGACUACUUCCCUUUGCUUUUGCGGAGCUACUUCCUACAAACGUACAUGAAGCACUUGCAGGCAUUGGAGCAUUUUUCAGGGAUCUGAGCACCCGCACCCUUAAAGUAGAAGUCGUGGAACAGCUUCAAGAGAACAUUCCCAUCUUAUUGUGCAACUUGGAGAAGAUAUUUCCUCCUGGUUUUUUUGACGUAAUGGAGCAUCUAGCUGUCCACCUUCCAUAUGAGGCAUUGCUUCGUGGACCUGUACAUUACGGAUGGAUGUAUCAGUAUGAGCGAGCCAUGAAAUAUUUGAAGGGAAAAGCAAAGAACCUUGCAAAGGUUGAAGGUUCUAUAAUUGCUGGAAGUUUGACGGAAGAAACUUCUCACUUCACAUCGUACUACUUUGCGUCAAAAGUACGUACUCGGAAAAGAGCUUCAAGGAUAUAUGAUGAUGGUGGUGUCGCGCCAACAUACGCAGUUGCUGGUGUUCCAGACAUCUUUAGCCAGAUUGGGCGACUGGGUGGAAAAUCAAAAGAGGUUUGGUGGUCGAGUGAAGAAGACGCUCAUAGUGCACACACCUAUAUUCUACUUAAUUGUGAGGAUCCAUUGAUUCGUUAUUUUGAAAGCCUAUUUGUUUCACAAGUCGAAGAAACAUUCCCUGGUAUAUCCACAACUGACGUAGACAAAAGGAAAGAUCAACACUUUAUAAAGUGGUUGAAGAGUCAGGUUGAUUUUGACGACGAUGCAGAUUAUCCUAAGUGGUUACAUGAAGUAAUUCAAUCUCCACAUGUAAAGGUCACCACUUCACAGAUGUAUUUCACACGAGGCUAUACUUUUCACACAUAUGAGUAUGGUAGACAGCGGGCGACCAGUAACUAUGGAAUAUGUGUGAAAGGGGAAACCGAUUUCUACGGUAUCUUGACAGAGAUUAUCGAAGUGGAAUUUCCAUGGAUAUUGAAGCUGAAAUGCGUCCUCUUCAAAUGUGAGUGGUUCGACCCCGUCGUCAACAGAGGUGUUCGGUUUAACAAAUUCGGUGUAGUUGAUGUCAAUGGUGGACGAAGGUACAACAAAUUCGAGCCUUUCAUCUUAGCUUCACAAGCAGAUCAAGUUAGCUACCUUCCAUACCCUCGGAUGAGAGAAUCGGGAAUAAAUUGGUUAUCCGUGAUCAAAGUUACACCUCGAGGACGAAUCAUAAGUGGAGAAGAACCACCAUUGCAAGAAGAACAAAUAAAUGAAGUCGAGGAACCUGAACAACAAAUUGAUGACAUUCUUCUCAUUGAUCCGCAUAAUCAUGAGUAUGAAGAUCUUACCGACGAUGGCACAGACGAAGCUGUUGAAGACGAGUUUAAUGAAAAUGAUGAUGUUUCUAGUGAUGACGAAAAUGUAUCCGAUUGAUGUAUUUGUGUUUUAAU